ACUAUUAUUGCUAUGCUAAAAUGGCUGCAACUGCAGUAGUCGAUGCUUCUACGGGCAAAGAUGUUAUUGCCGAGGGGCUGCUCGACCUUCUGAAACCCGCUAUCCAGCAGCUUGACCUUCACGUACACUCAGUCAGAGAAAGCCAGGUGGAACUAAGAGAACAUAUAGACAACCUGGCGACAGAGUUAUGCAGGAUAAAUGAACAUCAGAAGGUGGCUCUCGACCUGGAUCCUUACGUGAAGAAGCUGCUGAAUGCAAGACGGAGGGUAGUGCUAGUGAACAACAUACUGCAGAAUGCUCAGGAGCGCCUGAGGCGACUCAACCAUAAUGUGGCCAAAGAGACGGCGCGAAGAAAGACCAUGCUGGAGGCUUCAGGAGUGUUCACAACUCGCUCCCCCAGUAAACCAUAACUCUGCUCCUUCUGCUCUGCACGGCAUAUACUGUGAACUGUCUCGACUAGAAGUGACGGGUCACUUCAGGGAACUGUAACAUUAAGAUGACAGGUCUUCCUUUUACAUUCAAUCACAAGCUCAUGUUCUGCUCCGCUUUGCCUGGCGUCAUCACAAUAAAAUUGUGGGCCACGAUUUGCUCGGCAUAUACGAUAUUGUUCAAUUCCCUGUCGGCAAAACAGAUUCAGCCUCACAGUGUUGUUGCUGACAUACUCAUACUACAUAAAUGUCUUAUGCAACACGGUAUUUGUUGUCAUUGUAUAAUAGUGAUUGCUAUAUUAAGAAAGUGCAUAAACUCUACUUACCUGUCACUUAAUGUUUUUGUGCAAAAAAACUGUUUUUUGAAAGUUGCUUUUUUGUUAACAUGCGGAUUAAAAUAAAGCAAACGCUUUAAAGUGUAAA